CUUUUUUAUCAUCAUGAUGAUGAUUAUGAUGAUGAUGUCACCAGAAGCACGUGGCUUCGCCACAGUUGUAAAGUCCAAUUACAAUAAGCAAAAGUGCACUGAAAGAGCUUAAAACACUUCCGAAGGCAGCGGACCUGCAGUGCCAGUGAAGUGCAUUUAUGAACUUGCUGAGGCCGUCUUUAGCUCAAGCUCGUUCUUCAGCCCGUUUACCAUCAUUCUGAACGCUUUAUAGUUUGAGAAGAUGGAGUUUGCUAUGGUCGGCGCGGACAGCGGGGGCUGCAACCCCCACCUGCCCUAUGGAUAUGCCCAGGCACGCGUCAGGGAGAGAGAGCGCGAGCGGCAGUCUCGCGCAGCGGCGGUAGCCGAAGCCGGAACGGUCGGAGAGGGAGGUGGGUCCAGCGGCCAUCCCCACAACCAUCCGCAUCAGAGUCGCACCGCCUCUUCAACGAAUACCAACAACAGUAGCGCCGGGACCGCCUCGCGCCCCUCCUCCUCCUCCUCCUCCCAACAGUCGCAACAGCAACAGCAGCAGCAGCAACACCACGAGCCGCUACAGCAACUUCUCCGAGAGCGAAAAAAGCAACGAAGCGUCGCGCGCUGGAGACGGAACCGCGCGGCACUCGGCGGGGAUCUACGCCAGUCAGAGUUGGCGCUCCUAGGAUCCGAGGAGGACAUCAUGAUCGAGGAGGAGGAGGAGGAGGCGGAGGGCGAGGAGGAAGAGGAGGACAGGGGAAGCAAGAGAUCGACUUUUAUCUAUAACAUGGAUUAUGAAGAGGAGACGGUUUCGUUAACGGACAGGCGUCCUCAGUCCGGCUACGAAAAUGUUUACAACGAAUAUGGCUGCUGCGAGAGAGUUGUCAUCAACGUGUCGGGCUUGAAGUUUGAGACUCAGCUGAAGACACUCGCGCAGUUCCCAGACACGCUCCUGGGCGACCCUGAAAAGCGAAUCAGGUACUUCGACCCUCUGCGUAACGAAUACUUCUUCGACAGGAAUCGACCAAGCUUUGAUGCCAUUCUGUACUUCUAUCAGUCCGGGGGGCGCUUGAAGAGACCCGUCAACGUGCCAUUUGACAUCUUUUCCGAGGAGGUCAAGUUCUAUGAACUCGGGGAAGAGGCGAUGCUCAAGUUUCGCGAGGAUGAGGGCUUCGUGAAGGAGGAGGAGAAGCCGCUGCCCGAGGACGAGUUCAAACGCCAGAUCUGGCUGCUCUUCGAGUAUCCGGAGAGUUCAAGUCCAGCCAGAGGGAUCGCGGUCGUGUCAGUGCUGGUCAUCGUCAUAUCCAUCGUCAUCUUUUGUUUGGAGACAUUGCCAGAAUUCAGGGACGACAAAGAAUUCCUCAGCCCAGGUAAAAACUCCACGCAGGCGGACAAUGGAUUUACGCCGUUCAACGACCCAUUUUUCAUCGUUGAGACGGUGUGCAUCAUUUGGUUCUCGUUUGAGAUCAUUGUGCGCUUCUUCGCGAGCCCCAGUAAAACAGCUUUCUUUAAAAACGCGAUGAACUCCAUAGAUAUCGUCUCUAUUUUGCCUUACUUCAUUACUCUCGGCACAGACCUCGCACAGCAGCAAGGCAACGGGCAACAUGCGAUGAGUUUCGCGAUCCUGAGGAUAAUACGACUCGUUCGCGUGUUCAGGAUCUUCAAACUGUCUCGGCACUCGAAAGGUCUCCAGAUCCUGGGGCACACUUUGCGCGCGAGCAUGCGAGAGCUGGCGCUGCUCAUCUUCUUCCUCGUCAUCGGCGUCAUCCUGUUCUCCAGCGCGGUGUACUUCGCAGAGGCGGACGAGCCCUCGUCUCAGUUCACCAGCAUCCCUGACGCGUUCUGGUGGGCCGUAGUGACCAUGACCACGGUGGGCUACGGGGACAUGAAGCCCAUCACGGUCGGGGGCAAAAUCGUGGGCUCGUUGUGCGCCAUCGCUGGUGUCCUGACCAUUGCGCUUCCAGUCCCUGUCAUCGUGUCCAACUUCAACUAUUUCUACCACCGGGAGACUGAUAACGAGGACCAGGCGCCCGUUGUGGAACAGCCCCCGCCGGGCUGCCCGUACUUUCCGGAUUUCCUGAGAAAAUGCAAAGGUUCCCCAUCGGGGUCGUCUUUGGGUGACAAGGCGGCAGAGUACAUGGAGAUGGAGGAGGGCGUGACAGAAUCUCUGUGCGGGGCAGACACACAAAGCCCGAGUAGAGGGAACGGUACUGACUUAGGCGGAAAAAACAGUUCACAAUCACGAACCCUACAGACAGAUGUAUGAUUAUGGACGAACGAUAACCGCCUCGGGAGGUUUUCAUAAAGAUGACUGCACAAAUGAAUCAGUUAACAGCACACAUGCACAACUUGAAUACAUAUAGGCUAUCCAGUAUGCACGUGCGCAAACACAAAGAGUCGCUCUCGCUCUCUCUCUCUCUCUCUCUCUCUCUCUCUCUCUCUCUCUCUCUCUCUCUCACACACACACACACACACACACACACACACACAUGCAUACACGCACUCAUCAAGUUCUGGACCUGAGCUGAAACAUUUUUGCAAUGUGGCUACUUUUGUAGUGAAACAUACCCUGUAAUCACGUGACAGGCAACGCAAAAACCACCAGCUUUACGUGACGUGGAGGUGUCUCUAUCUGCCCACGACUCACUGUUCAUUAAUGAAGAACUUGCAUAGGCACUUUAUGAGUUACAUUUGUGAGUAAUUGUAGGGAAAAGAGGCGAGUUCUUCUUAUCUAAUGCUAUUAUGCAAUAACGUUUAAAUUGUUUGCACAAUCAUCAGUUAUGUUAUAGUCUCCCAGUUUAAAGCAGAGGAAAGGACCAGGUAACAUUGAGGUAGAGAGGGAGGACACUGAAUUGAAAAACAACUCUUGCAUUUUUGGUUAAUUCGAAAUACUAGCAAACAUAUGCUGCAGUCUUCUCUGAUGAAAACCAAUUCAGCUAAUAGUAAUUAAUUAUUUUGACAUAUUUGAAUUAUUAUGAUUAAUUAAAAGGCAGCAUACUGCGUAACUUAAGGCAAUGUUAUCUUAAAUCUCAUUAUGGCAGCAAUGUGUCAGUAUGGCAGUGUUCAGUAUGUUCUACACUCUGGUAAAACUCCUUUUAGCACAAACCCUGUGUAGUAAUUUGUGCUUUGUCCACAGUGACUGAAGAGUCAUUUAUUGUCAGUCCCUUUUGUGAGUAUUGGAAAACAAAUCAGUCAUGUUAGUUUUUGUUCAUUAGCACAAUAUUUGAAACAAACAGCAUAAUUCAUCCAUCAUGCGAUGUAAGGAUUCACUCUUUCUAAGCAUCACAGUCACAUUAUGGCAUACAGAGGCCAGAAUAACCAGUUCGCAUUGUCUCACAAAGUAAACACCUUGUACAACAGAGUUAGCGACACCAUGGCUUGAAGGAUCUGUUUGGCCACAGUUUUCAAGUUGCUGUCAUGGGAGUAUAUUUCAAGGGAAUGCUUCAUGCAACUAUUUGUCUUCAUCCCUUUACCAAAUGACACUGCAUCCCUUUAUAAAAAUGCUGGCGGAAAUGUACAGCACGGAAGGGAACAUGAACUUGGUGGACUUCAUACACAGCGAAUUCUCAUCCUUUUGGAGUUCAGGAUGACCACUGAGCAUGUGCA